AUGUGUUCCAAUGAAUUAUUAGAAUUAAUGAAGUGAUUUAAUAAAAUUUACUUAAUUUAGUUAUAGGGUAAUGAAAUCCAGUAAGUUUCGAAUUUCAGACAUCAUGAAAUACAUAUUAUUGAUUUUUUUACUUUUAUUUAUUUGUUUAGACCAAUUUUGGUUAAAAAAUGAAUAUAAUAUUUUAAUCCAUACUGAAGUUGAGUGCAUUGUUAGUUAAAUAGACAAUAUUCGUGUUUAGAAAAAGUUCAAGUUUAGAAAAACAAUUACAAAAAAUUGCACAUUUUUAAUAGUUAAUUUUUUGAUCAAAAAUUAAUACAUUAAAAAUACACCAUUUACAUAAUUUUAAAUUGUUUUUGAUAUUCUUGAACCAUUUUAUUUAUGGAUUUGUAUUGAAGCUCAUAAAAAAAUGAAAGUUUGA